AUGGCUUCUUAUCCAAUGAAGCAGUCAAGCACGGUAGGUAUGCACGAGAUCAAUAGCCCCACGAGCGCUGAGCUCGACGAUGCCAACCUGGUACGCAUGGGGAAGCGGCCAGUCCUGAAGCGAAACUUCGGAUUGAUGUCGAUAUUGGGGUUUAGUUGUACCAUCCUAAUUACUUGGGAGGGAAUCGUUGUUCUGUUUCUUCAAGCAUAUUCGAAUGGCGGCCCUGCUGGCGCGGUCUAUGGUUUUAUCUUCGUCUGGAUCGGAGUUGCGUCGACUUUCGUCGUUCUUUCAGAGUUGGCUUCGAUGGCUCCAACCUCUGGCGGUCAAUAUCACUGGUGUUCGAUGCUCGCCCCACGAUCUGUAAUGAAAAUAUUCAGCUACAUAACGGGUUGGCUUACUGUUAUCGGAUGGCAAGCAACAUACGCAACUUCGUGCUUUUUAUGCGGAACCCUUAUCCAGGGAUUGAUCGUUCUCACCCAGAGCAGCUACGAGCCGAAGAAUUGGCAUACGACACUACUGUUCUGGGCUGUUGCAUUGUUUUCAGUUGGCAUCAACUCGGUCGGCGGCAAACUUCUCCCGCGGUUCGAGGGAUUCAUUCUCAUCCUUCACGUUCUGGGAUUCUUUGCCAUUCUGAUUCCUCUGACUUACAUGGCGGACCAUGGAUCAGCGCAUGAAGUUUUCACACAGUUUUUGAAUCUGGGCGAGUUCCCCUCUCAAGGUCUUUCGUUCUUCGUUGGCAUGGUUGGUUGCGUAUUCGCCUUUGCCGGUGGUGAUGCCGCAGUCCACAUGUCCGAGGAAAUCACCAAUGCGGCAACGGCCGUUCCGACAUCAAUCAUGCUCAGCGUCUUGAUCAAUGGAUCUCUAGGCUUUGGCAUGCUUCUGGCCAUGCUUUUCUGUCUCGGGGAUGUUGGAGCCGCACUCGAGUCGCCCACUGGGUAUCCUUUUAUGGCGAUUUUCUUGCAGGCCACAGGAUCUGUGGCUGGAACCGCAGUGAUGAGCUCUAUCGUCACCACUAUGGGUAUUACUACCUCUGUUGGUAUGCUGGCUUCUGCAUCACGCCAGUUUUGGUCUUUCGCUCGGGACCGAGGUAUUCCGGGUUGGCGACUUUGGAGCCAGGUUCACGGAGGCACCGCUGUACCUAUCUACUCGGUCCUUCUUACAACUUGCGUUGCCUGCCUCCUAGCUCUCAUCCCAAUCGGAUCGUCCGUCGCCUUCAAUGAUCUUGUCGCGAUGUCGAUUUCUGGUCUUUAUCUUUCAUACAUGGUUGUCGCCGGUCUACUUCUCUGGCGACGCUGCACUGGUGGUAUCAGCAAUGGCCGAAGCAGCGAUUCCGCCGUCGUCAACACUGUCGGUGCAAAGCUUGUGUGGGGUCCAUUCCACCUGCCAGGCAUCUGGGGCAUUUUGGUCAAUACCUUUGCGCUCAUCUACAUGACUAUUGCCGUCUUCUUCAGUUUCUGGCCUCCAUCUUGGGUUGUCACUGUUCAGACUAUGAACUUCAGCGUUGUCGGAACGGUUGGUGUGAUUUUCCUCAGCCUCGUUUACUAUGCUAUUCGCGCUAGAAAGGUGUACGAUGGCCCUAUCGUGGAAAUUGAGUAG